GGAACCAAACCCCAAACAGCCAAAUUUAAGACAAGCCAUCGGCCGUUGUUGCCCUAAUCUAAUCCCACGGUUUUACUGCCACUUUCCCCGGGCGGCACGUCGCCGUCUGCCCCAAAUCCACCCGUUAAGCUCAUCACUCACUAUAUUAAACACGCUCUCUCUGCAGCUUGCGCAGUCCACCACCCACGCAGAGAAAAAAAAAAUACAAGCUUUCCGCUGUCAGCCCAAGAGAAGAAGAAUCCGCUGAACUGAGCUUGCGCUGAGGCCUCGGAGGAGACGAGGACUAUGGCUAAUCGCUCUCCAAUGGCGUACUGCUUGCUGUUAGCGGCGGCGCUGCUGCUGCUGGCCGUCGACGGCGCCAUGGCCGCCGGCGCUGUGCACAAGGUGGGCGGGUUAGACGCGUGGGGGAUCCCGCCGGCGUCGAAACCCGACGUCUACGUGCGGUGGGGGAACUCCACCAAGGUCUCCCUCGGCGACGCCCUGAUGUUCCUGUACCCGCCGAGCCAGGACAACGCGGUGCAGGUGACGGCCAAGGCCUUCGCCGCCUGCGACGUGGCCAAGCCUCUCGCCAAGCUCGACGACGGGAACUCCAUCUUCAACCUCACGGCGCCGGGCAGGGCGUACUUCACCAGCGCGGCGCCGGGGCACUGCCGCAAGGGGCAGAAGGUCUCCGUCGACGUGCCCAAGGCUGACGGGAGCCUCGUCCAGCCGUCGGCCGACGACCUGGCCGCGCUCAAGGUGCUCGAGACGCUGCCGCCCGCAGCCGCGCCGUCCGAUUCGCUCCCCGCGCUCUCCCCCGUCGAUGGCGACGAAGACUCCUCCGACGCCGCCGUGACCCGGGCUUCUGCUGCUGCUGGAUUUGUGGUUUCUGCCGCUGCUGCUCUGUUCUUCGGUUUCGUUCUGUGAGAGAGAGAGAGAGGCGUUCUGGGAUUAAAUUGAUUUGAUUUUGCUUGCCCCUUGUAAUUUUGCUUGGAUUAAUUUGAGGUGGAAUCUUACAUUACUGCUGCAUUUCGCAUCUGGGAUGGAUGGUCAGUGCCCGAGAUCCCCAAUUCUGACUGGAUUAAAUUCAUUUUAGCAUUUAA